AUGGUCCACGAGCGCUGGAAGACCGUGGGCGGCGCGUCCCAACUUGAGGACCGACCGCGCGACAAACCGCAGCGACCAAGCUGCAGCUAUGUGCUCUGCACGGUGCUCCUGUCUCUCGCAGUGCUGCUGGCCGUGGCUGUCACCGGAGCAGUUCUCUUCCUGAACCAUGCCCAUGCCCCAGGCACGGCGCCCCCGCCCAUCGUCAGCACCGGCUCUGCAGGGGCCAACAGUGCCCUGGUCACCGUGGAGAGGGCCGACAGCUCCCACCUCAGCCUUCUCAUCGACCCCCGCUGCCCGGACCUCACCGACAGCUUCGCCCGCCUAGAGGGCGUGCAGGCCUCCAUGCUGCGGGCACUGAGUGAGCACCAGGCGCAGCCUCGGCUGGAGGGCGCCUCGGAGCUGCUGGACGCACUGGCUGACCAGCUGCCUCGGCUGCUGGCCCGGGCCUCUGAGCUGCAGGCCGAGUGCGCUGGCCUGCGCAAGGGACACAGCUUGCUGGGCCAGGGCCUCAGCACCCUGCAGAGCGAACAGGGCCGCCUCAUCCAGCUUCUCUCUGAGAGCCAAGGUCACAUGGCUCACCUGGUGAACUCAGUCAGCGAUGUCCUGGAGGCUCUGCAGAGAGAGCGGGGGCUGGGACGGCCCCGUGUCAAGGCUGACCUUCAGAGGGCCCCUUCCAGGGGAGCCCGGCCUCGAGGCUGUGCCAACGGCUCUCGGCCCCGGGACUGCCUGGAUGUUCUCCUGAGCGGACAGCAGGAUGACGGUGUCUACUCCGUCUUCCCCACGCACUACCCGGCUGGUUUCCAGGUCUACUGUGACAUGCGCACUGAUGGCGGAGGCUGGACGGUGUUUCAGCGCCGGGAGGACGGCUCUGUGAACUUUUUCCGAGGCUGGGAGGCGUACCGGGAGGGCUUCGGCAAGCUCACAGGGGAACACUGGCUGGGGCUCAAGAGGAUCCACGCCCUGACCACACAAGCGGCCUACGAGCUUCACGUGGACCUGGAAGAUUUUGACAACGGCACAGCCUACGCCCACUAUGGGAGCUUCGGCGUGGGCUUGUUCUCUGUGGACCCCGAGGAGGAUGGCUACCCACUCACCGUGGCCGAGUACUCGGGCACUGCAGGUGACUCCCUCCUGAAGCACAGUGGCAUGAGAUUCACGACCAAGGACCGAGACAGCGACCACUCAGAGAACAACUGUGCUGCCUUCUACCGAGGGGCCUGGUGGUACCGCAACUGCCACACCUCCAACCUCAACGGCCAGUACCUGCGUGGCGCUCACGCCUCCUACGCCGACGGCGUCGAGUGGUCCUCCUGGACCGGCUGGCAGUAUUCCCUCAAGUUCUCGGAGAUGAAGAUCCGGCCGGUCCGAGAGGACCGCUAGACUGGCACGCUGCCCGGCACUCUUUAGUUCUAGCCCCCACGCAUCUCACCCAGUGCCCACUCCGUGCCCACUGCUGCGAGAGCGUUCUCCUCUGCCCACCUGUGCAUGGCUGACCUGCUCUGUGUUAGGGAUGGCCCGGGUCCAGCCCUGAAACUCAGCUCCCCAGGCCAGUGACACCGAUUCCCAACCAGGUCCCUGCCUAUCGGCUGACAGGAUCUCUUGUUUCGACUGGAGGGGAUGGCACCUGGCAACCCCAAAUCUCACCUGCCCAGGCUUUGGUCCCCAUGCUUUGUGUGCUUCCCAGCAGGGCAGCACUCCCCAGCUUUCCCGGCUUUGCAAGAACCUCAAGAGUAGGGGGCAGACAGCACUCAAGGAGGAAGUCUCAGGCCUAGCCCUGUUCCCUCAGGGCCUGGAGACCCCACCUCCUCUCAGAGGACCGCAAAUAGCUGAGGUGGCUGUCUCUUGUGGCUAACUGGGCUGGGGCACAGCUGUCUACAAAGCCCCCAACGCCGAGGCCAGUCCUCUAGGCCACCCUUCCCUGGGUGGGUUCUGUUCUGGCUGCUUUCAAAGCCCAUCUGCACUUUCCCACUCAAACCAGCUUCACCUGGCCUCCUGCAUGGCAGCCGUGGCUCCUGCUCCCCACACCGACUGCCUGUCAGACAGGGGUGGGACUGGCCUAAGCCCAUGAGAACCUCUUGGGGUGGGGCUGUGCCAGGCUUUUAUACUCUGCCAACCUCCAUGGAAUGACUGUAGGAUCAGAGAGUAGAAGCAAGCCAGCCCUGGGACUCAGCAUGGCGCAAGGCUGCCAUCUCUGCAGAGAGGCUGCCCCCUGCUGGUAAUCAUGGGCACUGCCACCAGGGCCUAACUGGGGCAGGAGCCUGAGGCAGCAUCAAGCAGGUUGGACGUCCAGACAUUUUCUUGUCCAGCCUUCUCAGCACCUGCACCCCACCAUUGCCCCCUACAGGUGAUCCCCAGGAAGGCAGGAUGCAGCCCCAGACCUCAUGAUUCUGUGUCCUAUGAGAACCUGAUAGGUGCUUUGAAAGGGCUGGAAGGAAGGAUGGCAAUGGUGACCCUCCUGGCAGGGACACAUGCCUCUUCCUUCUGCUAGACUUGUGCCAAAGCCUGAAUGCCACUGAUGGACGGUGUGACCUGCUCAUUCUUCACACUGGGCCUCAGGUCCUCAGCAAGGGUCCGUAACACAUCUGUGCAGGUCAAAGCCACCCUAGGUGCUGGACGAGGCCAGCUGUUGCUUACUUGGUCCCCAGCUGGUGUCAAGAAAAGUGAUUCCUGCCCAGAGUAGCCAAGGUCUGGUGGAACAAGGGGCACACGGGGAAGUCCUCUCACAUUUUUUUCUCUGCCCUUGACACCUGGCACCUAGUCUCAUCACAGGGUGGGUGGGAGCCCCAACACCUCCUGGCAGACACUCCCUGCCCCCGAGACUGGUGCCAACGUGGCCUCCGCUGCCAGCUGCCCCUGUGAGCGCUGCUUAGAAGUGCCGAGCGCCUUCUGAUGUGGUAUCAAAGAAACCUCUGCUAGUGAAGUAACAGAUUCACACAUGUGAGCGUGUGACGGGAGGCAUGGGCUACCGGCCAGGGGCAGGAUGCGGGGCUCAGGAGCUGAAGUUCAUCCAACAGGGCAGCUGGUGGACAGGUGAGAGGGCGACUGGCUUCUGGCUGCACUGGAGACAACAGCCACUGCCCCAGGGACACCAAGCCCUCCCCCAGGCCAGGCUGGGACUCUAGGGGGUACAGCUUUGCAGACCACUGGCUGAGUGGGCACGGAGUGGGGAAAGAUCAGAAAAUAGGUCUACCUUCAUCACCUUCAUCACCUUCAUCUUCCUAGUGUCCAAGGCAGGUGGGAGCACUGUGCCUGCACACUAGGCCACAGCCUCCAGCCCUGGCUUGACUUCGCUGGUCUGAGGUCUGGACAGACGGCUGUCACCUGGGAUCAGAGUGGCCACAGGAAGCAGGAAUGCUUUUGGGGGGUCAGGGCAGCCCCACUGAGGCACGAUGAUGUUACUGACCCUCCAGACCUACUUUGGAUUAGCAAUGGAAUGACUGAGCUGAGAGAGUCCCAGAUGCCACGUGGCCAAGCCAUGCGGCUUUCCUUCUUGGGCAGGGUCUCCAAGCCCCAUGCCAGGGUCUUGGCACUGUGGCUGUCUCUACUUUGCAAAGCAUCAAAGCUUCUUUCCAAGCCCAAGCUGGCUCCAUGGAUUCUACCAAAGGCCUCAAAAUUGGCUUCACCCGAGUCAUGCCAACGGCCUCCUAGCCAGCAUGCCUCACAUGGGCAUGGCCUUGGUUCCCCUGCAAGCCUGGGCUGGUGGGAGGUCAGAGCUGUGAGCCUCCGCUGUGACAGCGGCUCACGUGAGUGGGACACUAAUGUUGGAGUGGCAUCACCGGGGCCACGUGUCCUUGUCACCUCAGGCCUCCAGGUGGAGUGCAGGAGUCUGUGGCCCCCAAGCAGCACUCCUGGGAGAGAGCAGGGCCUUGGAGAACCAGAAAGUCUGCGAGCAACAGUGCGAGCUUCCAGCUUCAACCAAGAUGACUCGGCCGUGAGGUGGGAGAUGGGGGACAGGGGGCAAGAGCAAGGCCCUUGCUGCCCUGACCCCUGUCCUGUGAUCUGGAGAGCAACAUGCUGGCAGGAGACUCACGGGACCCACAACUGUGGUGAAACAACAGAGCCAAGGGUCUGGGAGCCUCUGAGAGCCUCAGUUUCAGUGACAGUUGCCCCAGGCUCGGAUGGCACACUGUAGGGGUCCUUAAAUUGGGAGGCCUGGAACCAGGUUGCCCUGGAACUGGGGUGGGGGCCGGGCUCCUCCUGAGGCUCGCUGUGAGGAGCAGGGCAGGUGUGCAUGCUGGCCAGCCAAUGCAGUGGGGCACCCCACGGGCAGAGAGUGUGGGGCAGUUGCUACUUGGGGCUCUGUGCACUCAGUGUCUUGUAUAUCCCUGUCUUCAAUAAAGUCUUGUGGUG